AUGGACCCUCCGACGUACGACGAGGCCACAUCGCCGUCUUCUGCUGUUGCUGUGGAAGGGUGUGACGUUUGCCCUCCGCCUUCUUAUUACGCUUCCAUUUCCCACUCUGUAAACCCGCCUCCCUAUCAAGAGACCAAUCCGUUUCCUGUCUUGAUGCCAACUAUCUUCAGUCCACCGCAGACUUCUCCAGUCAGCAUUCAUCUAACCCCGUUGGAAGCCGUGGUGUCCCAGCCGGCAUCAGAACAAACUGUGGCGAUGGCCAACCUGCUCAGUUCUCCGGGCAACAUUCAGUGUCCACACUGCCGCCGCGACGUCAUCACAAACAUCAAACAAAUGCCCGGAAAAGGUGCCUUCACCUUGUGCUGCAUCCUGGCUUUUUCUGGAUUGGUUUGUGGCUUCUGCCUGAUUCCUUUCAUAAUUCCAGACCUGUGGGAUGUUCAUCACUACUGUCCUCACUGUGGAAAACAUUUACACGUCCACCAUAAAUCUUGA